ACAAUACAGACGCCCUAUCGCAGAUUCUCAAGAGUUCUUCACUUCAGUAAAUAUGUCGAAUUUUGAAGUUCCUAGAUGUUAUUGCAACAGACCUGCUAUUAAAAGGAUUUCAAACUCCCAAGCGAACCCAGGUCGAGUUUAUUACCAAUGUGAUACCGGUAAUUGUAACUUUUGGAAAUGGGAAGAUGAAUUAACAAAACUCAAUAGAAAUCUCCGAGACAUUACAUUAAUUUCAAACAGCAGAGAAAUGCCCGUUUCAAUAACGACUCUAAAGGCUCCACCAAGCCUAAACAAUAGACUAACAAAUGAACUAACAAAUGGACUAAUAAAUGGACCAACAAAUGGACCAACAAAUGGGCCAACCAAUGGAUUAGUCAAUGAACAAAUAAAUAAUAGACAUUUUUCUACGAAUUUGAGUAACUCAUCCGGAGAGAGCGAGGUCUUUGUUGAAGCUAGUUCAUUUGGGCAAAGUGCGGCAGUUCUUACACCAGCAAAUAAACAAGAACAGGUAAUUGAAGCAAAAAAGGCAGAAAUUAAGUUUUUAAGAACUCAAAAUGAAAAAAUGAAGAUUGAGAUUGAAAAAAUGAAGAUUGAAUAUGAAAAAAUGAAGAUUGAAAAUGAAAAAAUGAAAAAUGAAAAUGAGAAAAUUAAGAAUGAAAAUGAUCAAAUUAAGAAUGAAAAUUAUCAAAUUAAACAAAUAAAUGAUUUAUUAGAAAAGAAUAAAAUAGAACUUUCUGAAGGAAUUACUUUUUUAGAAAUAGAGCUAGAAAAGAAGAAUAACAUUGUUGACACUCGAGAGAUCGACCAUUUAAGAUUACAAAACAAGGAAUUGGAAAAUAAAAUUUCCGAUUUAAACGGUAAAAAUGCUCAACUAAUACGUACAAUCGAUGAUUUAACUACAAAACUAGUUUCAGAAACAGGAAAGUUAAAUUUAAAGAUAGGCUCUUUAGAAAGAGAAAUUUGGGAUUUAAGACAAAGAACCAAAUUGAAAGAUGAGGGCAACAGCAAUCCUUCUUUAGGAUCUGAAGACAUACAUUUUUAUAAAAAGGUCAUCGAAGACAACUCAGAUCUAAAGGAACAAUUAAGAACAACUAAACAAGAAAAUUCCGAUCUCAAGGAACAAAUAAGAACAAUUAAACAAGAAAAUUCCGAACUUAAAAGUCCUCAUCAGGUGGAUAAUUUGUAUCUUAUGAUCGAUAGACUGACCAAACGUACAAACGAAUUAAAUGAUGAAAACCAGACUUUGGUAAAAGAGAAUCAAGAAUUAAGAAAAGAAAAUAAAAUUUGGAAAAAUUCCAAACGUUUAAAAAAUAACGAUUUGUAG